UGUCUGUAUUGAAGUAGACGAACACAAUCACAUCAAAAUCCAUAUUUAAAGGAAAAAAAAUCAAAUUUUUAACACUUUUUGUGUUAUGAAUGAAAUCAGAAUAAUGCCAUGUUUUUCCGAUUGCAAUCUCUUUCAUGUUUACAAAUUUAUGCCAACUAUAACUGUUUGAAAGACUAGACAAUUGCGUGUUAAAGUAGAUUGAAGUAGAAGAACAGUCACAUCAAUUCAAUUGCUUGCCCCGUUUUUAAAUAAAUCAGAAAAAUGUAAGUUUCCCUGCUUAAAAUCUACUUGUUGUUGAGCUCUAGAGAUAUGGCCAUGCCCGCCGCCGGAACCCACCUUUUGGAUGCCGAAGCUCUGCUGUUGGACGACGUUGUUCAUGGCUACGUCGACUUCAAAGGCUGCCCUGUUACCCGAUCCCUAUCCGGUGGUUGGAAGUCCUCUUUCUUCAUCAUAGGCGUUGAAGUGGCUGAGAGAUUUGCGUACUGUGGAAUAAGUUCGAAUUUGAUAAGCUAUUUGACGGGUCCGUUGGGCCAAUCCACCGCAACUGCGGCGGAGAAUGUGAAUGCGUGGUCCGGCACGUCUAUGAUUUUGCCACUUUUGGGUGCUUUUGUGGCGGAUUCUUUUCUUGGUCGGUACCGGACCAUCAUCAUUGCCUCUGGGCUCUAUAUCCUGGCACUUGGCUUCUUAUCCCUAUCUGCUGUUCUAUAUUCAAUCAAAUCUUCCGACUGCCAUUUUGCUGCAAAUAACAUGGCUGCAUGCUCCCCUCCACAGUUUCAAAUUAUUUUCUUCUUCUUCUCUUUGUAUUUAUUUGCACUAGCACAAGGAGGACAUAAACCUUGUCUCCAGGCUUUUGGAGCAGACCAGUUUGAUGAGCAAGACCCAAAAGAAUGUAAUGACAAAAGCUCAUUCUUCAAUUGGUGGUUUUUUUCCAUGAAUUUGGGUAUUAUAGUUUCUCUCUUUGUAUUGAACUACAUCCAAGACAACCUAAGUUGGGCUCUUGGCUUUGGAAUUCCCUGCAUUAUCAUGUGCCUAGCGCUAAUUAUAUUUUUGCUUGGAACUAUGACUUACCGAUUUCGCAUACACAGCGAUGAAAGAAACCCAUUUGUUAGAAUUGGUCAGGUAUUCCUGAAUGCAGCUAGAAAUUGGCGGAGUAUCCCGGGAGCAAUAUCUAAGGAAGAGGAACCACAGGGAAUUCUGCCAUAUCAAGGAUCUCAACAGUUCAAGUUUCUUGAUAAGGCCUUACUUGCACCUGACAGUUCGAAGGAAGAUGGGAAAGUUUGUAGUAUCACUGAGAUUGAAGAGGCCAAGGCAGUUCUUAGGCUCUUUCCAAUAUGGGCUGCAUGUUUGGGAUAUUCCAUUGCAUAUUCACAAACAUCAACUUUAUUCACUAAACAAGGAGCAACAAUGGAUCGUUUUAUCACGUCUAGCUUACAAAUACCAGCUGCGUCACUACAUUCUUUUAUCAGCAUCGCCAUUGUUGUCUUUGUUCCCAUGUAUGACAAAAUUUUGGUUCCUACUGCAAGAGCUAUAACUGGGAAAGCCUCCGGCAUUACAAUGCUUCAACGAAUCGGAACUGGAAUAUUUUUAUCUUUUCUUGCCAUGGUAAUUGCAGCUUUGGUCGAGAGGGAACGUCUAAAAACUGCUGCUGAACACGGAUUGGUGGACAUGCCGAAAGCAACAGUGCCUAUGAGUGUGUGGUUGCUGCUACCACAGUAUUUGCUUUUUGGUGUUGCAGAUGUAUUUACCAUGGUCGGACUCCAAGAGUUCUUCUAUGACCAGGUUCCAAACGAGCUGAAAAGCAUCGGUAUUGCUCUAUACUUGAGUAUAUUUGGCAUAGGGAACUUCUUGAGCAGUUUUCUUAUCUCUUUAGUGGAGAAAGCCACCUGUGGUCCUGGGCGAGAUGGUUGGUUUUCAGACAACCUUAACCGAGCUCAUUUUGACUACUUCUAUUGGCUAGUGGCCGCGCUUAGUGCUGCUGCAUUUGCUGUGUACGUAUACGCUGCAAAAUCUUAUAUCUACAAUAGAAGAAACUGUCAUUGAAGUUGCAUUUUGUGGUGGAUAAAGCUACCCGUGUCCUAGGUCGAGACGAUGUUCUUAUCGGCUACUGGCUGGGCUUAGUGUUGCUGCUUUCGUUGGAUAGUUCCCAAAAUCUUGUAUCUAUAACAGAAAUAAACAGGAUUUGAAGUUGCAUAAAAAUGAUGCAGGACAAAUUUGGCCAGUAAAAGAGAAAUACCACUACCGGUACAUUCAACUUGUAUAAUAAAUAUAGUUCAUUUGUGGUCAGUCUCACCUACGUGCGAAAGCAUGGCCAGAGAAAAUAUUUGUUGAGCGGAAGA